AUGCAUUAUUUUCACGAUAACAUACAGACCUCGGGAUUUACUAAUCAAUACCCCAUUAUCCCACAAGGUAUUGAAAACCUUGCUGAAAAUAACGAAAUUUGUGUCGAAUGUAAAAAUCUAAACACGAGUGUUAAUUGGUGUAAUAAUUGUGAUGCCGAGAAACUUGCUUCAAGCGGAAACGUUAUCAUUGAUGAUUUUAUUAAAAACAAUGCGAAAAGGACCAACAGCUAUAAAGAUUAUUGGGAAUGGAUUCCACAUGAGCGUUUUGAAGAUGUUAAAAAUGUGAAUGAGGGAGAUUCUCGUAAUUUAUUUGUAGCUACAUGGUUGGAUGGAGAAAAGGUUUUAAAUUACCAAAAUGAUACAAUCACAAAAGAUCGGUCAGGUCCUAUCAGUGUUACUUUAUUUAUAAUUGAUGAAACAAAUUUACCAAAUUUGAUUAAAAAUGUAAGUAAAAAUAAUUUACAAUCGCUGUUUCCAAGAUAUCUCAUUUCCAAAGAUUUAUGGACUAUCUUUUUUACCAAUCAUGCAAAAAUAUGUGUAUGUGAUUCAAUACAGUCGAGCCUUUUAUACUUUGGAAGUCGAUCAACUUCUAAGAGUAAAACUGUCGACUAUUUUUGUGAAAUAAUUCCUGGAUCAGAAACAUAUUUUCCUGGAAUUUGUAUGACUUCCCUUCCUGAUUUUAAAAAACUUGUUGAUUUACAAGUUGAAACUCAAAAUGAAUUGAUCAAACAUAACUCAAGAUUCGGUUCAUCCUCUAAUGGACCUCUAAUAAAUCAAAUAAAAGAAGUAGAAUUGGCAGGCAGAGAUCUUUUAACGGUUGUAGAAUAUUCAAAAUUGAAUUCUGCGCCGAUAUUAGCAGGUCAUUUAAAAGAUUUUGUUGAUUGGAGUUAUACAAUAAAUAAGAAUUUACAAAAGCUGCAAGCUCAAACACAAGCCUCUUUAUCAAGUGCAAUACUUUAUAUAAAGUAUACAUUAUCAAAAUUAGAAGAUAUGAGGGGGAAAAUAUUAACACCACGCCAUCUAAAGGAUAUAGAUAAAAUUUUUUAUCAACUUAUACAUAAUACUGAUGACAAUCUUAGAAAAUUGAUUAUAUUAACUAAUGAUGUUUCAUCUGGAGUAUUAAGUUUGCAAGCUAUUCAAUCAAAUAUUGCUUCUACUGUUGAAAAAGAAAAAGGCGCAAAUGAGGACGAUAAGUCGGAUAAGGUGUUUUCUGACGCAUGGAGAUUUUUUGGUUAUCAAGUUGAUACAAUGAUUUUUGACAAAAACUUGAAACUUCUUGAAAAAUUUGAUAAUAACAAAGGAUUGAUAGUUGAAUCAAUUACGGAAAUUAGAGAUCAAUUAAAUUUAUUUGAAGCACAUCUAAAUAUUUUGAGAAGUGGAACCAACAAACCACUUCUUGUAGAUAUUCCAUUUGAAUUACAUUUAGCAAGUAUGAAAAAUGCAUUGCUUGAACUAAGUAGGAGUACAGUAACUGGGUAA